UUAGCUAAUUAGUAAGACGACAAUUCAAUUAAAGAUGGCAUCCGCUUCUUCUUGUUUUCUUCAUUACAUAAUGAUGAUGAUGAUGAUGAUGAUGAGCGCAGGCAUGGGGAUGGGGGCACCCCCAAGGAAGGCAAUGAAUGAGCCAUUCGCCAGAAACUAUGUGCCUACCUGGGCCUUGGAUCAUAUCAAGUACUUCAACUCUGAUUCUGAAAUCCACCUCUACCUUGACAACCGUACUGGCACUGGGUUUGAGUCCAAGGGGUCCUACUUAUUUGGUCACUUUGCUAUGCAAAUAAAGAUGGUUCCCGGUGAUUCUGCCGGCACUGUCACGGCAUUCUAUCUGUCUUCUCAGAGCAAUGAGCACGACGAAAUAGAUUUUGAGUUCCUGGGGAACAGAACUGGGAAGCCCUACAUAUUACAAACUAAUGUAUACACGGGCGGGCAGGGUGACAAAGAGCAGAGGAUUUAUCUGUGGUUUGACCCCACCCAGGACUUUCACACCUACUCCGUCUUGUGGAAUAUGCAUCAGAUUGUAUUUUAUGUGGACAACAUACCAAUCAGGGUGUUCAAGAACAACAAACAACGUUUGGGAGUGAAAUUCCCUUUCAAUCAACCUAUGAAGAUAUACUCGAGCCUGUGGAAUGCGGAUGAUUGGGCCACCAGGGGCGGGUUAGAGAAGACGGACUGGUCCAAAGCACCCUUCGUAGCUGCCUACAAGGGCUUCAAUAUCGACGGCUGCCAGCUUACUGACCACAAAUUGUGUGGCCAACAACACUACUGGUGGAACCAAAAGGAUUUCCAAGACCUUACUCGCUUCGAGUGGCGGCGUGUGCGCUGGGUUCGUAACCGAUACACAGUCUACAAUUACUGCACCGAUCGACUCCGCUAUCCCACCGUGCCACCAGAGUGCAGGAGGAACCGAGACAUAUAAUAAUAAUAAUAAAAUCAUAUGCAUGAAUACAAUAUAUUAUACUACACAUACC